UAUGCCCUUUGAUUGCACGUAAAAUAUUUGUGGAAAACAAACAUUUUCCAGAAACUGAAUCCUAAUUGUUGGAAAAUGGCGUUCAUUCUGAUUUUCCGUUAGACUCUCGGCCAACAGCAACAAAUGACAUUUUGAGUUGGAUUCAAGCAAAAUCAUUCGUUUUCCCAGCCUAGUAGCCUGCAAAUCAACAGAGUCAGAGGCCGAUUAUACAUCCAUCGUUUCUCGGUUGGAAGUUGGACCGUCGGCCUUUCUCGGACAAGCUCGCAAGUCGAAAACGAAACUAGACGAAAGAAUCAAAAGGAUGGAAGGUGUUGGUGGCAGCAGUGAUGGUGGUCCAUGUCACUCUUCUCCCACCAUCACCGUCCAUGUUAAGUUCAGUGGAAGAUCCAUACCGAUCUCCAUCUCCCCAGACUCCACCAUUAAAGACCUGAAAUCUCUCAUCCAACCUCUAACCAAUGUCCUCCCCAGAGGACAAAAGCUCAUAUUUAAAGGGAAGAUCCUGGAGGACACAAUGACGUUGACGUCAGCGGAACUGACGAGUGGUUCGAAGCUCAUGCUCAUGGCUUCUCAAGGUUUACAUCAAGGGGAUGGUCCCGUCACCAAAAAUGCCUCUUUGCCAUCCAAUUUGAAGAGAACAGUUGAUACUAAUCGAACAGUGUAUGAGAAGAUUAAGGCACCUUUGGAUAAAAGCCAGUGGGAGCGUUGGAAGCUUACUGGAGUUAUAGCUUUGUCAGGAUCUCAGCUAAAGAUCAUUCCUGACGGGGUAUGGGAAUGUGGAGCUUCUGCACGAGUACUGGACAUCAGCAACAAUUCUAUCCGUGAAAUACCAGUCAAAAUCAGCGCUUUAAGUUCCUUGCAGAAACUCCUCCUGAAUGCAAAUGAUAUAUUGGAUGAGUACAUUUCCUGGGAAGGCAUAACAUCUCUGAAGUCUCUAACUGUUCUUUCCCUAAGCCAAAACUACUUGACUACUUUGCCUUCAUCAUUGGGUGCUUUAACAUCUUUGAGGCAACUUUUUAUUGCAAACAACAAGCUUGCAAGCUUGCCAGAUGAAAUAGGACUUCUGGUGCAUCUUCAAGUCUUGAAGGCAAGCAAAAAUAGGUUAAGCUCCAUUCCUUCUUGCAUAGGGAAUUGCAAAGAUCUGAUUGAGGUUGAUCUUUCCUCAAAUCUUCUAGUGGAGUUGCCAGAGACAUUUGGAAAUUUACAAAAAUUAAAGGCUUUGCAUCUCAGCAACAAUGGACUCAAAUCCCUCCCAUCUACACUAUUCAAAAUGUGCUCUGAGCUGGCAACACUGGAUCUCCAUAACACAGAAAUCACAAUCGAUCUCUUACGACAGUUUGAAGGUUGGCAAGGUUUUGACGAGCGACGUCGAUCAAAGCAUCAGAAACAACUGGAUUUCAGUGUUUGGCGUUCUGCAGGAUUUGAUGAAGGUGCAGAUAAAAACUGAGAGCCCUUACUGUUUGAUUGGAUUAUGCAAAGAAGGUAAAACAUGCAUUUUUUUUUUGGUAAGCAGCAGGAAUGGAAAUUGAGAAUGUCCUUUUCCAUGGAGAUGGAAAAUGCAGAUUUAGGAUGUCCAAGAUUAUUUAACUUUAUCCUCUGACUACUAAAAUUGGUCCAAUGUUGCAGAAGCUAAAGAUUAUCUCUAAGAAGUGUAUUUGUAACGGGACAUAAUUUUGUUAGCCAUGUCAAGUUUCUACUUCAAUCCAAUUUUUUGAGAUGCUGGUGAAGCUCAUCUUCUCUGUAAUUUGGUUAAAAGCACUCUUUUUCGUGUAA